GCGGCCCCCCGGGACCCCCAAAACUGCACACCCCGACCCCAAAACUGCACACCGGGACCCCGAACCGCGCCCCCGGGGCACGGGGGGACCCCCGACAGACCCCCGCGAUGGCUGCGGAGGGACCCCGCGCCCCGGGAGCCGCCGGGCCCCUGCCGGGCGGGGCCCGUGAGGGUCCGGGGGUGGGUGGGGGGGGUGAGGAGCCGGGACCCCUCACGGCCCGCCCUGUCCCCCCAGCCCCGGCCGAGAGCGGCUGCUCGGACGAGUUCGCCCUCGACUGCACCUUCGCCGCCUGCGACCCCGAGCACACAGGGUCGGUGCUGCCGCAGCGGGUGGUCGAGUACGUGGCGGCGGUGACGGGGCACAGCGGGCACGAGGGGCGGCUGCGGGCGCUGCGGCGGGCGCUGGACCCCGCGGCCUCGGGGGCCGCGCUGGACCUGCCCCGGUUCCGCGCGGCCAUGGGCACCUGGAUCGCGGCGUGUCGGCAGGACGGGUCAGUCACGGGGGCACUGCCGGGGCCAG